GGGGAAGACGAGGAGUAUGUGGCAGCUAAGCCACUUCCAUAGCUGAGUUCUGUUGCAGUAAGGAAGAGAGAGCGAGCUUGAAGCAGAUUGAAAAAUGGCGACUUUGAACCUCUUAUCUCAGCCAUUGCAGCCUACACUUUCGCCUUCUUUCUGUCACUAUAGUUCCAGCGACUAUGGCUAUUACUCUAACCAUUGUAAAUUAUUUUAUUCUUCUAAUUCUCUGUGUUCUUCCCCCAAUCAAUCUCACUGUUCCAAGUUCUCUAAAAUGCCGACACACUCCACAAAAUCAGGCAGUGGGAGUUCAUGGUUGCAACAUAAUUUCACUCCACUUAGCUCUGUUACUAGCAAUGAGUGUAGACAGGGUCCUUUGCAUUCUGUAUUCCCCACGAAACCUGCUGAAGUUUCAGCUGUACAGGACCUUUACGAUUUUAUAUGCUCAGGACCUUUGAUGGAGAAAGCAGGUUUGACACCAGAAAAGGUGGCUGAGUCCAUAGAUAAGUGGUUGAUGUAUGGUCGGAGGCUAAGCCAGUUGUUCCAACUCAAUGAAUUGUACCUAACUGUCCCUCAAAAAGCUAGGCUUUACCAUUACUACAUACCAGUCUUUCUUUGGUGUGAAGACCAAAUCGCUGAGCAUCAGUCAAAGUUCAAAGAUGGAGAAGAUAUACCUCCUUUAGUGAUUGGAUUUAGUGCUCCCCAGGGAUGUGGAAAAACAACUCUGGUUUUUGCUCUUGAUUAUCUUUUCCGAACAACUGGCAGGAAAUCUGCAACAAUAUCUAUAGAUGAUUUUUAUUUGACGCAUGAGGGUCAGAGUAAACUAAGAGAAUCAAAUCCAGGAAAUGCACUUCUUGAGUUUCGUGGAAAUGCUGGAAGCCAUGAUCUUGAUUUGUCAAUUGAAACUCUGACCGCUUUAACCAAUUUGAAAAAAGAAGGUUCGAAGAUGAAGUUGCCUCGGUAUGACAAAUCAGCAUUUAGUGGAAGAGGUGACCGUUCUGAUCCUUCAACCUGGCCUGAAAUUGAAGGGCCGCUGACGGUUGUGUUGUUCGAAGGUUGGAUGCUUGGUUUCAAGCCCCUUCCAGUGGAAGCUGUAAAGGCUGUUGAUCCCCAGCUAGAAGUCGUGAAUAAAAACCUUGAAGCUUAUUAUGAUGCAUGGGACAAGUUCAUAAAGUCAUGGAUAGUCAUCAAGAUAACGGACCCAAGUUGUGUCUACCAAUGGCGGCUGCAGGCUGAGAUUGCCAUGAGGGAGGCUGGCAAUCCUGGAAUGUCUGAUGAAGAGGUGAGGGAUUUUGUUUCUCGAUACUUGCCGGCAUACCAUGCUUACCUUCCUACACUGUACUCUGAGGGACCAAAUGGAUCAGACCCCCAGCAUCUCCUUACCAUUGAAAUUGAUGAGGGGAGAAACCCCAUUCUUGGCGUCUAGGUAACCUUUAGGGGCUGAUCAUUUGUGGGAUUAGAUUUUGGGAAAAUUACUGGGAAAUUUUAGGUAAGAAAGUAAAUUACUAAUGGCUCUUUUAAAAUUGAGUUAUUACUAAUAGGUCUCUCUAAAGAACUUGUGCUAGAGGAAAAUCCACAUAGGAUAAGUUGUGGGUGUCUUAAUUUGAUCUGCAAAUACUGGAAAAGGACUUAAUGCAAUUUUUUUCAUCUUGCGGUGAUUUACAAGUCCUCCUCCAGAUCUUCAAGAGACCUAUAGUAAGAACUUGUGCCAAAAAAAAAGAAGAAUAAAUUAUAAAUUUCUCAGUUUGACUCGCAGAUAUUAGAAGAGCUGGGGAAUUUUUUUUCCCCUCAUUGUGGUGAUUUGCAAUUCCUCUUUCAACAUUUGCAAGUCAAUCUAAGGAAAUUUACAAUUUAUCCGGUGUGUUUUCACACAAGUUCUUUAAGGGAUUUAUUAGUCAUAACUUAAUUUCAAGAGACUUGUUAGUAAUUAAUUUUCUUACUUGGGAAUUCUUUGUAAUUUUCCCAUAGUCCCUCAGUUCUUAGAGAGAAUUGGCCUAUCCUUCGGCAUUAGUUAGUGUCAUCAUCAACAGAGAUCAGUCUGUGUAUAUUACUCUGUUUUUCCUACAUGUACAGACUAUAUUGGUUGUCACUAAAUCAAUAUCAACAUCAGUACUAUUUAUACAGAAAAAUAAGUAAUAUUAUUCACAAGCUGUAAAUAA